AUGGAAUUUACUGAUGAUAUGCUAGUUGAUGCAGUAGAGCCUCCUUCUGUUACUUCUCCUAUUUCACAAUUUGAGCCUUUCCAUGUUGUGUCUGAUCCUUCACCACCACAUGUAGAGCCUAUGGUAGUUGAGUCACCACCACCUAUUGUGCCAUUGAGACAGUCCCAAAAGGCUAGGACCACUGCUAGAUGGUUCACUGAUUAUGUUUCUAACAAUUGUGCUUAUCCUAUGUCCAAAUUAUUGUGUUAUGAUUCUUUAAAUCCUGACUAUGCUAGCUGCCUAGCAGCUCACACUACUGAGGUAGAACCUCAAUCUUACCAUGAGGCUGCCAAAGAUGCUAGAUGGGUUCUAGCUAUGCAACAGGAGAUUACAGUUCUUGAAAAAAAUGGCACUUGGGAUAUAGUUGAUCUGUCUCCUCGUAAAGUUGUUAUUGUCUGCAAAUGGGUGUUUAAAAUCAAGUACAAAACUGAUGGUACUAUUGAGAGAUUCAAGGCCAGAUUAGUAGCCAAGGGGUUUAUCCAAAAUGAGGGUCUAGACUACAAAAGACCUUCUCACCAGUUGCCAAAAUGGGUGAUUUAUUUGAGGAAGUAUAUAUGCACCUUUUUCUGGUUUUGGUUCUUCACCAGAACCUUCACAACAGGUAACUUAAACAUUACACUGGACAGAGACAAAGAGCUUGUAGAUCCGUUAUCCGAGCCUGAACGAUUCUUUCAACGGAAGAGGCGAACAGCGGCUUCGCAAAACUUAAAGCAUAAACUAAAUCUGGCGGAAAAUCACGAUUUAGAAGGAGAGGUCUUGCCAGAGGAGCUCCCUGCAGCCAUGGCAGCCAGGAUCGUACGUGAUGUGGCAGUCCCACUCACUGCAAAUGUCACCUCCAGCAUUCAGAAACCGCCAGCUGGAGGGAGAUUUGAAUUAAAACAGAACAUGGUGCAAUUGUUGCACUCUAAUGGACAGUUCACGGGAUUGUCUCAUGAAGACCCUCAAGUUCACAUCCAAAAUUUUUUGGAGAUCAGCGACACUUACACGCCAAUUGGGGUAUCUCCUGAUUAUGUGAGACUAACAUUGUUUCCUUUUUCUUUGAUAGGAGAAGCCAAGAGGUGGUUGAAGUCGGAACCACCAAAUUCAAUCACUUCGUGGAAUGAUUUGGCCCGCAAGUUUCUUAUAAGGUUCUUUCCUUCGGGGAAGACGGCUAAGUUGAGGGCUGAAAUUUUGAGCUUCAAGCAAAAGUUAGGAGAAAAUUUGUACCAAUCUUGGGACAGAUUUAAAUCAUUACUCAUUAGUUGCCCUCAUCAUUAUCAGGCUAACGAAGUUUUGGUCCAUACCUUCAUAGAAGGGUUGGAGCCUAACACCAAAAUUCUUCUUGAUUCAGCUGCAGGUGGGCAAGCCCUGGAGAAAACAUAUGAUGAGUUAUACACAUUGUUAAAUCGCAUAUCCCAAGGAAAUCCGGAGUGGAAUGGAGGAAAUGCUCGAUCUGUCACCCAAAAACAAGCAGGCAUGUUAGAGGUUGAUGCAGUAACUGCAUUGACAGCACAAAUUGCAGCAAUGCAAAAUAUGAUGACAACACAUUUCAACACACUAGCAAAAGGACAGCAGCAGGCUUCAGUGAGCAUGGUUCAACAACAACAUAUGUGGUGCGAAGUAUGUGGAAGCAGUGAGCAUGUGGCCGAACAUUGUGGAGCAAAUCCAGAAUCAAUAAAUUUUCUUGGGCAAUUAGCAAGUGCACAUAGCUCUCGCCAACAAGGGGGCUUACCAGGUAAUACUGACCCCAAUCCCAAACAGGUGAAUGUCGUGACUACUCGCAGUGGUCGCCCACUCACUGAAUUGGCUCCCAAAGAAAAAUUGGCAGAGAAAAAAGGCAAAGAGCAAGUCGGGCAAGAAGGUGAACCUAGCAGGUCAAAAGAAAUAGAGGAACCAAAGACAAAACCUCCUCCUCCAUUUCCUCAAAAAUUUAAAAAGAAGAAAGAAAAGGAGUGUUUUGCAAAGUUUAUAGAUUUGUUGAAACAGGUGCAAAUUAAUUUGCCUUUGAUUGAUGUUUUACAGGGAAUCCCAAAGUAUGCUAAAUUUGUCAAGGAUAUCGUGGCCAAUAAAAGCAAGUUGGCUGAAUUUGCAACUGUGGCACUCACUGAAGAGUGUAGUUCAAGAAUCUUGAACAAAAGCAAGCUUCCAGCCAAACUAAAAGAUCCAGGUAGUUUCACGGUGCAGGUAACCAUCGGUAAACAUAGUAAUGCAAGAGGUCUCUGUGAUCUGGGUGCUAGUAUCAACUUAAUGCCUAGAUCCAUGCUUAAGAAAUUAGGCCUGGGGGAACUUAAAGCAAUAAUUAUUUUGCUACAGUUGGCUGAUCGUUCUGUAGCUAGACCUGAUGGUAUCAUUGAAGAUGUUUUGGUACAAGUAGGAUCCCUUAUCUUCUCUGUUGAUUUUGUCGUUUUAGAUUUUGAGCCGGACCCCGAUGUUCCUUUUAUCUUAGGACGCCCGUUCUUAGCAACAGGCGGGGCACUAAUUGAUGUGGCUGCAGGUAGAUUGACUAUGAGAGCACAUGAUAAAGUGGAAGUGUUCGAUGUAUAUCAUGCACUGAAAUUGCCUGCAAUUUAUGAGGAGCUGUCUGCUGUAACCAUCAUUGACGAGGAAAUAUCAGCUCAAUGUACUACCUCAAAUGACCCAUUAGCGAAAGUCGUAAUGGGUCAAGAUAUUGCAGAGGACAUGGAAGCUAAAGAGCUAGCAAGUAUACUCGAUAUGCCAAAUAUUAACAUGUGGAAGAAGAAUGUAGAACCCUUAAACAGAGAGUUGGGUCCUUCACCCAAGCCUUCUCUCGAGGAAGUCCCUAAAUUGGAGUUAAAAAAACUGCCAGCACAUCUCAAGUAUGUUUUUCUUGGAAUAAAUAACACUUUACCUAUAAUCAUUUCAUCUGCUUUGUCUGAAGCACAGGUCCUAGCAGCACUGGAGGUACUAAAGAGGCACAAAAAGGCCAUUGGGUGGCAAAUGGCUGAUCUUCAUGGCAUCAGCCCCGCUUUAUGCAUGCACAGAAUUUUCAUGGAAGAAGGACAUAAGGCUAGUGCACAACCACAACGCCGGUUGAACCCCAUCAUGAAAGAGGUUGUGAAGAAAGAGAUAAUUAAAUGGCUAGAUGCAGGCAUAAUAUACCCAAUUUCUGAUAGUAAGUGGGUAAGCCCAGUUCAGUGUGUACCAAAGAAAGGGGGAAUGACUGUGAUAACCAAUGAAAAAAACGAGUUAAUACCUACAAGAACAGUGACUGGGUUGGAAGUGGACAAAGCAAAAAUUGAAGUGAUUGAGAAACUUUCGCCACCAAUCUCAGUAAAAGGAGUUCGAAGUUUUUUAGGUCAUGCCGGAUUCUACCGGCGUUUCAUCAAAGAUUUUUCCAAGAUAGCCAAACCAAUGUGUGGGUUGCUCGAAAAAGAGGUAAAAUUUGUUUUUGAUGAUGAAUGUUUGCAGACAUUUGAACUCUUGAAGAAAAAGCUGAUUGAAGCCCCUAUCCUACUAGCUCCUAACUGGGAGUUACCUUUUGUGCUGAUGUGUGACGCAAGCGAUACAGCCGUGGGUGCAGUUCUGGGACAAAGGAAGGAGAAAAUUUUUCAUUCCAUUUAUUAUGCGAGCAAAACUCUUGAUUCUGCUCAGGCAAAUUACACGGUCACGGAGAAAGAAAUGCUGGCGUUGGUCUAUGCGUUUGAUAAAUUCCGUUCUUACUUGGUAGGUACAAAAGUGAUUGUUUUUACUGACCAUGCAGCUCUUAGGUACCUAUUCAACAAGAAGGAUGCCAAGCCAAGGCUCAUCAGAUGGAUUCUGUUGUUACAAGAAUUCGAUAUUGAAAUCAAAGAUAGGAGGGGAUGCGAAAAUCAAAUAGCAGACCAUCUAUCAAGAUUAGAGGGUUCGCCCCAUGUGGCUGAGCAGGAGCCGAUAAAGGAGGAAUUUCCGGAUGAGCAACUGCUGGAAAUAGAGGUACAAGAUCUCCCAUGGUACGCAGAUAUCGUGAACUACCUUGUUAGUGGAGUGUUCCCUCCUGAUGCUACCUCACAAAAAAAGAAGAAGCUUAUGCAUGAUGUUCGCCUCUAUAUAUGGGACGAGCCUUAUUUAUUCAAGCGAGGUGUUGAUCGAAUGGUGAGUAGAUGUGUGCCAGAAGCAGAGGUACACCAAGUAUUGGUUGCAUGCCACUCAUCACCAUAUGGCGGCCAUCAUGGAGGAGAGCGCACUGCACAUAAGGUACUUCAAUCGGGUUUCUUUUGGCCUACGUUGUUUAAGGACGCUGCAGGUUAUGUAAAGAACUGUAACCAAUGUCAAAGAACGGGCACCAUAUCACGAAGACAUGAAAUGCCUUUGAACAACAUUCUAGAGGUUGAAAUCUUCGAUGUAUGGGGAAUGGACUUCAUGGGUCCUUUUCCUCCCUCAUGUGGAAAUCAAUAUAUAUUAGUGGCAGUGGAUUACGUGUCCAAAUGGGUUGAAGCCGUGGCCCUUCCUACAAAUGAUUCGAAAAUGGUGAGCAAGUUUGUGAAAAAGCACAUCUUCACUCGAUUUGGCACUCCCAGGGCAAUUAUCAGUGAUGGAGGGUCACACUUCAUAAAUCAAACAGUAAAGAAUCUCUUGGCUAAGUAUGGGGUGAGGCAUAAAGUUGCUACAUCAUAUCAUCCUCAAACCAGUGGGCAAGUGGAGGUAUCCAACAGAGAGGUAAAACAAAUAUUACAAAAGACUGUGAAUGCGCAAAGGAAAGAUUGGUCAGAAAAAUUAGAUGAAGCUCUUUGGGCAUACCGAACAGCAUACAAAACACCCAUUGGAACCUUCCCAUACCAAAUGGUAUUCGGUAAGGCGUGUCACCUACCAGUGGAGUUAGAACAUCAAGCGUACUGGGCAAUCAAGAAGCUUAAUUUGAAUCCAGAGCUAGCAGGACGGAAGAGGUUGAAUCAAUUGCACGAGAUGGAAGAGUUUAGGCUCCAUGCUUAUGAAAAUGCUAAGCUCUACAAGGAGAAAACAAAGCGAUGGCAUGACAAGCACAUCAUCACCCGCACUUUCGAACCUGGGCAUAAGGUACUCCUCUUCAAUUCUAGACUCAAGCUCUUCCCUGGAAAAUUGCGAUCCAAAUGGAGUGGACCUUUUGAGGUGGUGCGUACAACGUCACAUGGAGCUGUGGAAUUGUGGAAUACGAUGAAAACGUCUACAUUCUUGGUAAAUGGACAAAGAGUAAAAAAUUAUUUUGGUAAAGAUGUUAACCGGGAAGAGGAAGCCAUCGAACUGGAAAAUGAGUAA